ACAACUCGAGAACUCACCAGCAGACUUCUCAGCUGCUACUCCAUCUCUGGAAAAUAGAAAAAUAUAGAAGAAAAUCUAUCUUUUCUCUCUCUAUUUAUACAGCAAAAACCCUAUCCGCUUCUCUUCGGGAAUUUGAUUGCAGAUGGAGGAGAUGUAUGGCCUCCAUCCGACCGUCGAUUACUCGGGCCAUCCUUCAAUGUCGCCCGAGAAUCUCGUCGUCUCGCAGGCAGAUUUGCAGAGCAUUUUCUCGGCGGGUGGCUUCCGCGACCGGAUCCCGAUCUUCGGGUCGGACCCGAUGUUUCAAGCCCCGGCGAUCUCUGAUGCCUCGAUCUCGCCGGAAAUUCGUGCAGGAGAUGAGAUUUCGAGCGCUAUGAAGGCGAAGAUCGCUUCUCAUCCUCGAUAUCCGAGGUUGCUGGAAGCUUAUAUAGAUUGUCAGAAGGUGGGAGCUCCUCCGGAAGUCGUUUCUCUCUUGGACGAAAUCCGUCGGGAAAACGAUGUCUCUAAAUGCAACGCCGUUUCGACUCGGUUAGGAGCCGAUCCCGAGCUCGAUGAGUUCAUGGAAACGUACUGUGAUGUUUUGGUGAAAUACAAAUCCGAUCUCGCUAGACCGUUCGAUGAGGCUACGACCUUCUUGAGCAAUAUCGAAAUGCAGCUCAGCAAUCUCUGCAAAGGAGCUUCUAGAAGUUGCCCUUCCGAUGAACCUGCGGGAUCGUCAGAGGAAGAAUUCAGUGGAGGCGAGAUCGAGGUUCAAGAAAUUCCGCCACGAGGUGAAGAUCGAGAGCUAAAGGAUAAGCUUCUCCGCAAGUAUAGUGGCUACCUAAGUAGCCUGAAGCAGGAAUUUUCAAAGAAGAAGAAGAAAGGAAAGCUCCCGAAGGAGGCCAGGCAGACGCUACUUGACUGGUGGAAUGUUCACUACAAAUGGCCGUAUCCAACGGAAUCUGAUAAGAUCGCUUUGGCUGAAUCGACGGGCCUAGAUCAGAAACAGAUAAACAACUGGUUUAUAAACCAGAGAAAGCGCCACUGGAAGCCAUCGGAGAACAUGCAGUUUGCUGUGAUGGACAGCCUUUCUGCACCCUUUUAUGUGGAUGAUUGAGGUGGGGCCCACCUUAUUUUGUUAUGUGUAUAUUCAUGAACUGUUCUCCUGCAUGGUACUGAAGGCAAUGCUUACAUAGUUCAAUUGUCUAAAAGCUCUUUCUACUGUUCCUGGGUCUUCAACACUAUUCUUUGAUACCAUGAGCUGCCAGAUUGUGCUUUUCUUUA